AUGGAUCAGAGACUAUACAACUCUGCAAAAUCAGGAGACAUUCUUCACUGCAAACAACUCCUCAAUGAAAAUCCAAGCCUACUUCUAAAACUAACGCCUCAUGAAAACACACCACUUCAUAUCGCCACACAAUUUGGACACAAAAACGUUGUUGCUGAGAUUUACAAUCGACAACAGUCUCUCCUCGCUCAGCCGAACUUGGAUGGGGACACGCCUCUACAUGUUGCUGCAAGAGCUGACCGCAUCUCCAUUGUUGGUUUUCUGAUCGAAGAGAUGCUAUCUUCAUCGUGUAAAGACAUUGUAAACAGAGGAAACAGAGGGAUUGCGAUUCUAAGGAUGAGAAAUAAGUGGGGCAACACAGUUUUGCAUGAGGCUGUGAGGAACCAUAAUCUCAGAGUGGCUGAGUUUUUGAUAAAGGUUGAUCCUGGGCUGGCCUGUUUCGAGAACAACACGGGUGAGUCCCCGUUGUAUCUGGCUGCUAGAGAUGGAAUGCUGACAAUUGUGAAGCGCAUACUCAUGGCAGCUUGUUCUUCCGCUUAUGGCGGGUCAGAUGGCCAAACAGCUUUGCAUGCUACCAUCGUAGAGGGGCAUUCGGGUGGAGGUGGAGGACGCGGUGGAGAUUCCGGCGGUGUCGAUUUGGGGGAUAGUGAGGUGAGGGGAUUUGGAGAUGGCGACGGCGGCGAUGGAUUUCAUGGGUUGGACGGGCAUGGGGGUGCCGAAAAGGAGGCCGGUGGAGAUGUUGUAGAGGGAGGUGAAGAUGAGAGAGGUGAGGUCGCCGAUGGAGCCCCCAAGUUCGGACCGGAUCGUGGUUUUGAGGCGGAGGUUGGUGGCCCAUGGGAGAGUGGUGAGGCGGUGGCGCCACCGUGGAAGGCCGAGGAGAGGGGUGGUUUGGGUCAAUGA